GAUUUUGUCUUGGCGGUCUUGGCGGACUGAGGUUCCUUGCGCGUGCUUUAAAAGCCAAAAACUGGGCCGCGGAAUAGAGACAGUUUUGCAAGAAUCCGCCACUUUACUCUCCUCAAUUUUGCACUUGCCCGUUAGCCAAGAGAUGGCCGUCUGCAAGUUGCAUUGUGCCUCUCAGAAGGCCUCGUUCUCUCCGCUAAGUGUCUGAAUGACAUUCGGGAUCGGGCUGUUCGCAGCCGGGCGCUGGUUCACUCAGUCGGGUAGAGAGACAGGGGGGGACCGAUGAGGUCUUUUUGUGGCGGUGGGCUGCCUAGCCUCUCGCGCUGUUUACGUUUGGUAAGGUUGGGAACAGGAUCCGCACAUUAGCUCGUGGGCUAACUCGAGACCCACAGCUUUAUAAACAACUACAUUUCGCGGUUGCGUCGCUGCUGAAGUGCAGGAAACGAGAAGGUCUUUGGUCCGUCUGCUUCCUGGACUGACAGAUCUGUUUUGUUCCUGCUGACAGUUCCACUGUGCUGAUAUUUUUUAAAAGGGGAGCACAAAAGAAUAGUAGGUGUAUAUAGGAGAAUCCACCUGGAAGGUUUUAUUUUUCUCGAUCUUUGUCACUGAAACACGAAUUUCAUGUUCUGAAGACGAGGUUUAUCCUUUCUACACCACUCUGAGACUCUAUUAGCCAGUGGCCAGAGCUGAGUUUGAGGUAUUUUUGUGCGUGUAGUCAUCUUCAAACAAAAAGUACAAGGAAAGUGGACGUCGCCUGCACUGCUCCAACUUUUCACCGGGCCUUUUUGCCUGGCUGGGAGUUUAGUGGGUGGAGGGUUGACGGAGGGGGCUUGUGCUAUGAUCAGCUGCUCCUUUCCGUGCUGCUCACACUCGGCUUCUGAGGGACUCUCAGUACGACCCCAGGACAAGGGAUAGUAAGCAGGUAGAGGGCUCGCAGGAGGACGCGGCGGCGCUGCGGCGCAGGCCCAGGUGUUUCCUUGGCUUCUAGUUCCCAUCGUUUUUGUGUGCAGGAAGGCCUUUAGGCCUGCUGCACCCACCAAGACUGCAGCCAUGGUGAAACUGGCAAACCCAGUGUACACCCAAUGGAUCUUGGAGGCCAUCAAAAAGGUGAAGAAGCAAAAGCAGCGUCCAUCAGAGGAGCGGAUCUGCAAUGCGGUCUCCAUGUCCCACGGUUUGGACCGUAAAACCGUCCUAGAGCAACUGGAGCUCAGCGUCAAGGACGGGACCAUUCUUAAGGUCACCAACAAGGGACUGAACUCCUACAAAGACCCGGAUAAUCCCGGACGCCUGGUUCUGCCAAAGCCUAAAGGUGGAGGCAGCUCUGGAGGAGGGAGUGCUGCGGCAUCGUCAGCGGCGGCACCAGCAGCAGCGGCAGGAGGAGGAGGUGGUGGUGUCGGCAGCAGCUCCAGCAGCGGUGCAUCUCAUUCGGGGAAGAAGCCGGGUCUGGACUGGAACAAGCUUAUCAAACGGGCGCUGGAAGGACUUCACGAGCCUGGCGGAUCCAGCCUGAAGAACAUGGAGCGGUUCCUCAAGUGUCAGGCGGAUGUAGCGGCCUACCUGUCGGGUAGCGGGUCCAUGGGGCCCGGCCUCUUCCAUCAGCAGCUGAGGGUCGCCCUGAAGAGGGCUGUGGCCCACGGACGCGUGGCCAAGCAGGGGCCGCUGUUCCAGCUGAUCAGCCGCAGCGGUUCCCUGGACGACGGCACCGGGACGGUUUCUUUGGAAUCAUUGCCACCUGUCCGCUUGCUGCCACACGAGAAAGACAAGCCCGUGGCGGAGCCCAUCCCCAUCUGCAGCUUCUGUUUGGGCACCAAGGAGCAGAACCGGGACAAGAAACCGGAGGAGCUCAUCUCCUGCGCCGACUGCGGCAACAGCGGCCACCCGUCCUGUCUGAAGUUCUCACCGGAGCUCACGGCGCGAGUCAAGGCUCUGUGGUGGCAGUGCAUCGAGUGUAAGACCUGCAGCAGCUGUCAGGAUCAAGGAAAGAAUGCGGACAACAUGCUCUUCUGCGACUCCUGUGACCGCGGCUUCCACAUGGAGUGCUGCGACCCCCCACUCACGCGGAUGCCUAAAGGUAUGUGGAUUUGCCAAAUCUGCCAACCCAGGAAAAAAGGAAAGACUCUUUUACACGAAAAGGCGGCGCAGAUCAAACGGCGCUACAACGCACCUCUGGGCCGGCCAAAGUCCAGGCCGGGGCGGCCCUUCAAGAAGCUUGGGGGGCGCGGCCGCAGGAAGCGGUCGGUCUCGGCGAACUCCUCCUCCAGCUCCUCCUGUGAGGGGUACCCGGGCGACGACCGGCUGCUCUUCUCCAUGCGAGGCGACGACGAGCAGAGCGGCCUGCGCUACAACAGCAAGACCAAGGGCCUCAUCGACGCCCUCACCAAGUUCUUCACGCCGUCGCCGGAGGGCCGCAAGGCCCGCCAGGAGGUGGUUGACUACUCGCAGCAGUGUCGCAUUCGAAAGAAAGCGAGUCGCAAAGGAGAAGGGGACGACAGGGGAGGUGAGGACAAUCAGGAUGGCAGCGACUGGCGGGAAGACGACGACAAACUCCCCGGCCACGAGAACCUGACGGAGAAGGAUAUCGAGCUGUUCCGACACAUCCAGGAGUUGGCGUUACAGAAAGUGGGCGUGACGGGUCCGCCUGACCCUCAGAUGCGCUGCCCAGCCGUCAUCGAGUUUGGCAAGUUUGAAAUCCAGACUUGGUAUUCAUCUCCCUACCCGCAGGAAUACAGCAGACUUCCAAAGCUGUACUUGUGCGAGUUCUGCCUGCGCUACAUGAAGAGUCGCAGCAUCCUCUACCAGCACAUGAAGAAGUGCAGCUGGUUCCACCCUCCUGCCAAUGAGAUCUACAGGAAAGACGACGUCUCCGUGUUUGAGGUGGACGGAAAUGUGAGCACAAUCUACUGUCAGAACCUGUGCCUGUUGGCCAAGCUGUUCCUGGACCACAAGACCCUGUACUACGACGUGGAGCCGUUCCUUUUCUACGUCCUCACGCAGAACGACAGCAAGGGCUGCCAUCUUGUGGGCUACUUCUCCAAGGAGAAGCACUGUCAGCAGAAAUACAAUGUAUCAUGCAUCAUGAUUCUUCCGCAGUACCAGCGCCAGGGCUAUGGGCGCUUCCUCAUCGACUUCAGCUACUUGCUGUCGAAGCGGGAGGGGCAGCCCGGAUCUCCGGAGAAGCCUCUGUCCGACCUGGGCCGGCUGUCCUACAUGGCCUACUGGCGCAGCGUUGUGCUGGAGUGUCUUCACGAGCUGCGGGACCGACAGAUCAGCAUCCGGCAGCUUAGCAAAAUGACAGGGAUCUGCCCGCAGGACAUCACCUCCAGCCUGCACAGCCUGGGCAUGCUGGAACAGCGAGGAGACGGACUUGUGUUGGUGCGAAGGGACAAGGUUGUGGCCAACCACAUGGCCCGCUUGAAGGCGCGGCCACGACAGCUGGAGGUGGACCCUGAGUGCCUUCGCUGGACUCCAGUCAUCGUGACAAACACGGUGGUCUCUGACGCCGACGGAGACGACGAUGAUGAGGACGAAGAGGGACCAGAGGGGGACAGUCGCAAGGAUGUCAAACCGAGCCACAACUUUUCUUCGUCCGCCUGGCAAAUCCAGCAAGCGAGAACCAAGGACGAGGAGGAUGAAGACGAUGAGGAAGAGGAAAGGAAGGGGUUUUUGGGGUUUCCUGUAAGUCAAAGCUCUCCGGCUUCCCCUCCCGUCCGCUCUCAAGCAGCUCUGUCCGAUCACCCGCGGCCCUUUCUGCCAGCAAACGGAGAGCGCCGGCCGCGCGGCCGCCCACCCAAAAACUGGCCUUGGGGCAAACUGAACAACAGCCCACGCGUGGGGCGCCCAUCCAAAAUGCGGCCCAUGGACGACAAGGACGACGAAGACGAGGAAACCACGGUGGAGGGGAAACCGUCGUCGAGCUCCAGGAGCCCUCCAUCCCUUUUCUCCUUGGACCAUCAAGCGGACUCUCCAGCCUUUCAGGGACUCAACAUGGCCAGGCACCCCUCCGUAACCCCCACCCGGAGGGGCCGCCCCCCCAGAAAAAAGAGAGGCCCAAAGCCCAGACUGGCAGACGGGGAGGGUCUGAUGCCGCUCUCUGUGAUGUCCCGGUUGAGCGAUGCGCUGCCGGUCCGACGGAGCCACUUCAGUGAAAGUAGCGAAGAGGAGGAGGAUGAAGAUGAGGAGGAGAACAGAGCGUGCUCCCCACCCAUCCUCACAAAGACAGCCAUGGGGCUCAAAUGCAAGAAGCCCCUGAAGAGGCCUCGUUUUCGCAGUCGCAGCCACCCUCAGAGCAGCGUGGUAACGGAGACCAUCUCUGAAACCACAGAGGUGUUGGAUGAGCCCUUUGUGGACUCUGACUCUGAGCGGCCCAUGCCCCGACUGGAAGAGGAGCCCUCCCUGGGGCACCCGAUGCGCCGCUAUCCCCCUGCAAGAUCCGCCCUGAUGUUAUCUGACCCUCCUUCGAAGAGAGGCCGCCUUUCCAACUUCUCCGACUCAGAGGAAGAUGACUUCACACCAAUGCUGAAGCCUGUAGCUUCUCUGGCUGCAGCUCCGUCACAAAUGGCCAACGCGGAUGUCCCAGUCAAGAAGAAGAAGGGUUGGCCAAAAGGAAAGAGCCGCAAACCGCUGCAGUGGAAGAAACAAGGACCCGAAAAAUCACCCAGCGAGGCGUUCAGCCAUCAAACGUCUGGAGAUGGCCUCGGCGCCGGCGGGGACCCCGAACAGCCCAAAAUCAAAAUGAAGCCGGGUCGCAAACCCCGGAGCUGGUACCUGCAGCGGGCGCAGGAGGAGACUGAGAGGCAGGACAAGGACAGACAAAGGUCGCUUGAGCAGCACAAAGACGACGCGACCAAGCGGGCCGGCAGAGCCGGCGCCGACGGAGACGACAAAUCGAAAGACUCUGACGACGAAGAGGACUUCUUCUCCAAGCCCGCUGAGCUGAAGGUGCCUAAAAGGCGGGGGAGACCGCCCAAGAACCGUGGCCUUCACCAGCCCCCACUGGCUGCCCCUAAACACUCCCCGACGUCCGAACCAGACGAAGAAGAGGAUGAUGAAGAAGAUGAAGAUGCUGAGAGGAAUUGGGGAGAAGACAAACCCAGUCAAGCUCCGUCCCGCCCCAUGCUCUCCCCCUCUUCAAAUUUGGGAGCACGCGCUCUGAAGUCACGACCUCAGGAUGCUGAUGUGGGUGACAGGGAGGAAGACGAUGACGAGGACAGGGAGGAGGAGGAGGAAGAUUGCGGAGGUGGAGGAAGCGGCAGGCGGGCGGCGGUCGCAGCAGGAGCAGGAAGCAGGCGGAGCGAAGACCACGACGCUGAUGAUGAAGGAGAUGGACACUUAGAAGACAAGAGCAGCAGUGGCAACAAGAAGAGGAAAAGUCAACCUUCGGACGAUGACGAAGACGACGACGAAGAGGAGGAUGAGCCCGCCUCACAAGCGAACUCGCCUCCGGUGAAAGAGGAACCACAAGCAGGCGAGGCUUUUUUAGACAUGGAGAACAGCGUGGCCCGGGACCGCGUCAGCAAGCAGGAGGAGGAGGAGGAGGAGGAGGAGGAGGAAGAAGGGGAGGAGGAAGCGCAGCAGCCCAAAGGUCAACCCUCCUCAGCUGAUCCUCAGCAGGAAGAGAGGCGGCGCCGGGAGCAGGAGGAGUCGGCUGCAGCCGCCGCUGCAGUGGAGACGGUCACAGCCAUGUCUGUUCCCUCUGAGCCUCUGCAGCUGCACCCGGACGACAAGGACAUCACGCUGUUGAUGGAGACCCAGCACCCCCACCAGCACGCCGACUUCAAAGAGGAGCUGGGCCACCAUCACCAACACCACCCGCACCACCACUCCAACGAGCUGGAUCUGGAGACCAUGCAGGCUGUGCGGUCCCUGACCCAAGGGGAGGCUCAGGAGGAAGAGGGCGAGCCGCAGCCCCACCACGGCGCUUACCAAGACUGCGAGGAGACGCUGGCCGCCUGCCGCACGCUGCAGAGCUACAGCCACGCGGGGGAGGCAGAGGAGGAGGCCUUGUCUUUGGUGGAGGACUGUGGGGCGUCGCAGCACAGCAGCCCCCUCCCCAACCCACCGGUGCCCCCCCUGCCCAGUCAGUCUGUUCGCUCAGUCAACAGCCCGGCGCUGCCCCCCGGCAUCGUGGAAACGACUCCUGCUGGGCAGCGAGGAGGAACGCCGGGCCCCACAGGCCCCAGCGCCGGUAGCGGCGGCGGUGCCGUAGGUGGCUACACCCAGAUCACGCCUGAACAUCCUGGCUCUCUGUCGGCCCCCUCCCAGCAGAACAUAGAGACUUCUCCCAUGAUGGACGUGCCGUCUGUUUCGGACCACUCCCAGCAGGUGGUGGACAGCGGCUUCAGCGACCUGGGCAGCAUAGAAAGCACUACAGAGAACUACGACAACCCCAGCAGCUACGACUCCACCAUGGGCGGAGGGGGCGGCGGAACAGGCAACGGGGGGAACGGAGGGGUAAUGGCGGCUUCCGUAGUCGCAGGUGCUCCCUCGGCUUCGUCCUCGUCCUCGUCCUCGUCCUCGUCCUCUUCCUCCAGUUCCGCCCCUCCGUCCUCUUCUGCUCAGUCCAACAGCUGCUCAUUCGUCCAAGCGCCCAGUCUGGCGUCUUCCACAGGAAACGGGGGGCCCCCGCUCGGCAUGGGCAGCUGCAGCCUUAUCCAGCAGACUGGACCGGGCCCCGCUAGUGGACCGGGCAGCAACAACAUAGUGCCCCAGCCGCCGCCACCCCCACCACCCUCCAAUACGCCAAACUGUGGAAUCAAGUCCCCGCAGAGCUGUGGCGUGAUUGAGAGACCCCCCAGCACCAACCAGCAGCCGCAGGCACAAAAAAAGGUCCCUCAACCGCCUCCUCAGCAGCAAGCCCCCAACCCUCAACCCCCACCCUCAGCUCCCCCACCACCACAGCAACAGGCUCUGUCCCAGUGCAGCAUGGGAAACGGUUUCGCCACCACACCCAUGAUCAUGGAGAUUCCAGACAGUGGAGGCGGGGCAGGGAGCCGCCCCCUCUAUGAGCGCAUGGGGCAGGACUUUGGAUCUGGGGGCUACCCGCAGCCCUCCUCCUUCAGCCUGGCCAAACUCCAACAGCUCACCAACACCAUCAUGGACCCCCACGCCAUGCCCUACUCUCACUCCGCCUCUGUCACCUCUUACGCCACCAGUGUUUCCCUGUCCAACCCAGGCCUGGCCCCCUCACCCCACACCCCUCUCCCCCAAGGGCAGCCCACUAUGACCUCACCCCCCAACCUGAGCUCUGGCACCAUGAACCUGAGCUCUCUGCAGCUGCAAUGCAGCAUGCCAACCACCAACAUCAGCCUGGGACCCCCCCACACGCAGCGGCUGCAGGGUCAGAUGACCACCGUCAAAGGCCACAUUUCAAUCCGCUCGAAAGCCGCUCAGCAGCUGGCCCCCGCCCCCCACCAGCAGCAGCUCUACAGCCGCAGCUCCGGAGCCGUGGCCAUGCAGGGUACGCCGCGCACGUUGGCGGUGCAGCGUAGCAUGAUGCCCAACCUCAUGCCUACUCCGGCGCCGUACAACUCCAUGAACAUGGCGCCCCUGAACGCCAUGUCAGCUGGCUACAGGAUGCCGCAGCCCAUGAUGAACAGCAGUUACCACAGCAACCCCGCCUAUAUGAACCAGCCGGCCCAGUACCCCAUGCAGAUGCAGAUGGGCAUGAUGGGAGGACAGGGCUACCCCCAGCAGCCUAUGCAGCCCAAUCACCACGGCAACAUGAUGUACGCUGGCCCCUCCCACCACAGCUAUGCCGGAGUCCCGAAACAGUCACCGUACAUGAGCAGAUGAGCAAAGGAGAACUGGAGAUAGAGAUGCCAGACCAGAGCUACCGCUCGCUGUACUCUUAAGUGUCAAAUAGUCCCGCCUCCUCACCCGGCUCCGCUGUCGCCGCCGGUACCAGGAAGUCCAGCUUGUAGGAGACGGAGAGCAUAUUUGGAUUUCCUGUUUUUCCACAGACUUUGUCUCUUCUUUUUCUGGGCCCGUCUCCUUCCCUCCUCCGGUUGGCUUGCUGGUUUCAAAGGAGCAGACGGGUUGAUUUAAGGGGCGGGACGAACCCUAGGGGCACACGCCGCCUCCCCAGGAGUGGAGGAGGACGACGCAGAGUACAGCACUGACUGCAAACUAAAAAACAGUUUGAAACUGAAUAUAUUCAACCAUGCACACAAAAAAAUUUAAGUAAUAUAGGAAGCCUUACUUUUGGGGGGGGGAAGAAAAAAAGAGACAAUGAAACACUGAAGGCGGACUGUCAUUUUGUUAAACAUAUUGUUAAAUCUUAUUUUUGUUGUUGUUUCUUUGUCGUUUUUUGAAGCUCUGGUGUGCAGUCUGACCUCAUAUGCUUUUGUCUUUAUACGUGUGGCAUUCGGAGACAGUCACGCACCCAAUCACUCUGAAGGAAGCCAAACAUUUGGGAAGCCGCUUGCUCCCGCCGGCUUUUCCACAUGAGCCUUGGAGCUGGGCCCUUCGCCGCUCCCAGCCUCGGUCUUCCUUCCAGGGACGGCGUAGAACCAAAAACACAGCAAAGGCACAGGAGACGAGUGUGUUACUGUCUUAUACAUCCAAAAAAAAGAAGAAAAAAAAAGGAAAAAAAUGAAGCAAGUAGCAUUAUUUUCCAGUUUGCCGCCACUCUGAAACUGUUUAGAUGUAAAUAUUCUGGUACUUCCCGAUACUCAGCACACACACAUAAACACGCUGACCGGUGGAUCGGUCAGAAAACAUUCAGCUCUUUCGUCCACACUCCGCUGACAGUUGGUGUUCAGCCGCUUUUUCCACGGAAAAAAACGGAGACGUGGGCGCCUCAAGUGUGGGUGACCCAGAGGCGUUUGCCCUUGAACGGGGCAUUUGGUUCAACUGUAAGUGUUUCUUUUUCUGCUCUCCUGUAGACUAGACAACGGCAGCAGUCAGUCGGCCUUUAUGAAAGGUGUGCCUCCAUGCCUGAACUAGUGCGCGGUCUGGCCCUCAGAGAGGGGGCGGGGUCAGAGGCGAGGUCCUGUUUGGCUAAGGUGUUUUCAGCAGUCGCUCUCGUACCAGUAUUCAAAGUCAAAAGAGACUUUUUUCCAUUUGAAUUUUAUUUUCACAGACCUGACAUGCAUACUUUCUUUGUGUGUUUCGCUCCGUUCUAUUCUUCGUCCUUUUUUCUUUUUUUUUCUGAAUUUUGUCAGACCGGGCAGCUUUCUUUUAUGACACAAGCUGACUCUUUUUGACUCUAGAAACUUAUUGUAGAGCAGAUGUUUUUUCUAUAAUAUAAAAAAAAAAGAAAUUCUGACAUUGAUAUUGGUACUGUCAUUUUUUUCCACUUCUGUUUCAGGAAACAACAACAAAAUAAGACAACAUAUUUUUUAGCUCGCGUCUUGGAUAAUAAUUACUAAAGAAAGUCGAAAUUUUGAAAAAAAAAAAAAAAAUCACCGCUCACUUUUAGUGACUUUAAGAUGCCUUUAACCUCUCCAUUCCAUCUCAUGUCUAGAGUUUUUCUAUCUUUGUGUAGUAUAUUAAUGCUAUUUUAAACAAAAAGGACUACAAAUAUCUAAAGGUCACUCGUCAUUCUUUCCUUUUUUUUUUUUUUUUUACUUGUGUGUGUGUGUGUGUGUGUGUGUGUGUGGGUGGGUGGGUGGGGUUGUGCGCGCGCGCGCGUGUGUGUGUAUAGGAUGAGUCCUUACAUUUAAGAGGCAUGUAAAAAUGAGCUCAGUAUAUUUGUCUGUUUAUAUUGCUUCCCUUUUUGUAUCCUUUGUAAUUGUACAUGUUGCGUUUUAUGCUAAGAGAGCAAAACAAAGAGGGGGGUGAGGUGGGGGUGUCGGCUAAGCACUCGGCGAAAGGUGGAUGUGCGCUCGCCGCCUCGGCUCUCCUCUCUGUCCCUGUAUGUUUUUUUGUUUGUUUUUCCCAAUUUGUUUUUUCAUUUUCUUUCUUAGCAAGUACUUUCAAAGAACUCUGUACAUUUUAUCAUAAAAUGAAAAUAAAUUAUGUUGAGCCAUU